AGAUUCUAGACCGGGAAAAAUUGUACAGGAAAGAACAAAAAACAAAGAGAGACCUUUCCAAAUCCAACCAACAAAAAACUUUAAAAAAUUAUUAGAAAUGCACGAAAAUCCCCAAAUCUAAUAUCUGAAUGGAAACCCUAACCCUAACCCGAAUUCCUCUGUUCGGAUCCAAAGCUUUCUCCCGCUUUCAGAAUCUCUGUUUCUCCUCUUCUUCGCCGGAGGCUGAAACCCCUUACCCUAGGCCUUCAAUUUAAAUUUUAUUGUUUUUACUUUCAUUUAUGUUAUUUUUUUAUAGAUAUAAAUAGGAUAUCUGAAACUAGAGAAAUAAGGAUAGUGAUAUAGAUAGGAUUAGAGAUAGAGAAAAAGAGUUUAGAAAGGAAGAGAUGGAGAUUGGGCCGGGAUCAGAUGUAGGAGGAGUCGGGUCUAUAGUAUGGGUACGCCGGAGGAACGGUUCAUGGUGGCCGGGGAAGAUACUGGGCUCUGAAGAGUUACCAACUUCUCACCUUAUGUCUCCAAGGACCGGAACUCCGGUCAAACUCCUUGGCAGAGAGGAUGCUAGUGUUGAUUGGUACAAUCUAGAGAAGUCUAAGCGUGUGAAGGCAUUUCGAUGUGGGGAGUUUAAUGAUUGCAUUGAAAGGGCAGAAUCUUCACAAGGUAUGCCACCCAAGAAAAGAGAGAAAUAUGCUCGACGGGAAGAUGCUAUCCUUCAUGCACUUGUGCUUGAAAAGGAAUUGUUGAAAAAACAAGGAAAAUUUGAUAGGCCUUCCUAUGCAAAACACAAAUCUUCUGGUUCUGCUAAAAAGGAUUCUGGAGGUUCAGAUAUUAGUAACGGAAAACCUGGGAACUCAAAAUCAAAUCAAUCCAAGAGUCAAGAUAUUUCCACCAAGGGUGAGAUAGUGAGCGGCACUGUACACUUGAAAGAGCAAGCAGAAAAUCAGCCAACUUGGAAAAAAAAUUCUACUGAAAAUUUACCCCGGAUGAGAGGAUUGCAGGAUUUAGGGCUCAAAACUGCCUAUGCAAAACAAAAUAAUACAUCUUUUGGUGCAAUGGAUGUUGAUGAGACUCCAUCUUCUUCAAGCAAGGUUUCCAUCAUGGGAAGAACCAAUCAUAUUAAGGGAGAGCGGAGGCGAGGUGUUUCUCGAGCUAAGAGAAGCAGUUGCAUGUACUUCCCACCUGAGUCAUUUGAUGCUUUGGGUUAUAAAGAAAUUCCUCCAAACCAGAUCGAGAUGUCACCUCCUCAUUUUGUGGAAUGUGAUUCUUAUCCUUUUCCUAGUCACAUGGUUGAAGAUAAUACUUGUGAGUUCUUGGAAGAUGAUGAAUCUGAUUCUUCUGAAUCAACUUCCUCUGAAUCUGAGUCAGAGUCUGAUUCAUCUGAGACUGAACCAGAUAUGGAUGAGGAUAUGACUUCACACUCAGGUGCUACUGUAUGUAAGGAUGUCCGCUUGGGUGCCUUCCAAAGACCCAACACACUUGGAGGUGGAAGCAUGGGCCAGGCAGAUUCUGAUGAUUCAUCUCUUUCUGGUGAGAUGCCUCACUUUUACAGUCAUGAUCAUUUUUCUAUGAACGAAGCUGUUUCCAAAUGGAAGCUAAAAGGGAAAAGGAACAUGCGGAAUCUGACAAAAAGGUCCAUGGAUGCAGCAGAGGGAAGAGGUUAUAAUGGAUCUGCUCAUGGGAUAUAUCAUGACGAAAGGGGAGCUUUCAGAAGAAGGCCAUUAAGUCAUAGUUCUCAUUUAAAUAACGACUUCGACGAUGAUGUUGAUGUAACUGAUUUGAGUGCAAAAGAUUUUGGGAGCCAAAUGGUUGGAUUUGAUGAAAGAAGAUACUUGCGUACACCAAGAGAUACAUCCAGGAGGAGAUUUAGUUUCAAUCAUAACAUCACUGAUUGGGAAGGCAUGCCUUGGGAGAACCAUGCUUCUGUAGAAAGAGAGUGGGAGGACAAAGUGUGGCACUUUGAUCCGAUAUUUGCUGCCCAUCAUAAUUUCCGUGGGAAAAGAUCUAUGUUGAUGGAUGUGGAUUUGAAAGUCCAAGCAAGCUAUCAGAAACAACCUGUACCUAUUGUUUCAUUGAUAAGCAAGUUGGAUGGGAAGGCCAUAAUAGGGCAUCCCAUUCAAAUUGAAGCUCUAGAAGACAGUUCAACUGAGACCCUUCUCCUCACUAAUGGUGGUUUUAGUAAUGGACUGAAUAACCUUGAUGGAAAUACUUCACUUCCGCCUGCAUGGAGGACUGCCAAGAGGACCAAUUUUAGGGUCCCACGGCCUCACCAACCAUUUGCAUUGGCUAGUUAUGUAGGUACUGAAUAUCAAUCCCUGGACCAUGAAGGCCCUCCUUUCAAGAAAUACAAUAUAGGAAGUUCCGACUAUAAGGCAGGCCUGGUUAAAAAGAGCAUACCUCAUGUUCCACGCUCUCCAACUGAACGGAAGUUCCAAAAGAAGUUGCCGAAGAAGGUAAGCUUAUUUUCUAGCCAGAAAACAAGAGCUCUGUCAUCAAUUGGUAUAGAACGAAAUCUUAGUUUGAAGCCAAUACAUGAUAUUGAUAACCACCAAAUGGAUGGAUUAAUCAAACCAGAGUGUUCUGGACCUACAACAGUGGCUUGCAUACCUGUCAAACUAGUAUUCAGUAGGUUACUUGAAAAGAUCAACAGGCCACCAUCCAAAGCAGCUAGUAAAGUGAUUUUCUCCACUAGUGAUGGGGUAAGAGAUCCAUCAUAGAUCACAUUGUACAUUGAUACGAUGAAACAUUAAAUACUGUUAGCAAAAUAAGCAUUGCUAAUUUCCUCUCUUUUUUGACAAAA